GCUGCUGCCGCGACCAGGUAAGGCGUGCAGCACACCCCGUCCCGGUUGUGCUGGGUAGCGUGCCCCCGCCCGAACCAUGGCCGCGCAUGGUGACGCCGUCACGGAGUCGCGACCGGAGUACGCCAGCAAGCUCGAGCUGAUGCUCACCCUCGUCGGGUACGCUGUGGGUUUGGGCAACAUCUGGCGCUUCCCUUACCUCGCCUACGAGCACGGCGGUGGCGCCUUUCUCAUCCCGUACCUCCUCUCCCUGAUGCUGCUCGGCCUCCCUCUGUUCCAGCUCGAGCUCGGGCUUGGCCAGAUGUUCCGACAGGGAACCCUCGGGAUGUGGUCGCGGCUUGGCCUCCCAAGGCUUCGGGGCGUCGGCGUGGCGGCGACGCUCUGCACCUUCUUCGUUUCGCUCUACUACAACGUGAUCCUCGCGUGGACGGUCUACUACAUCGGCCGGACGGUCGGCGCCAUGUUCCGCGGAGGCGAGCUGCCUUGGGCAGACCUCGGCGGAGACUGCCCCUUGACCACGCUCGUCGUCCCGGCCGAGCUCGCUGGGCUGCCCACCCUGUUCAACAAUGCCACGGGCCGCUUCAACGCGUCCCACCUGGACGACUUCUGGUGCCCGUCCGCCGGCAGCCUCUCCACCGUCGACCCGGACGCCGUGGCGCACCACGUCGACCCGAUCGCCCGCAGCGAGGCCAACGAUACCGCGAUCCCCGCCGGGUUCGUGCAGGUCGAAGUCAGGCCGUCAGAGUGUCCAGGACACUCGGCCCUCGACUUUUGGCAGAACCAGGUGCUGCAGCAGAGCAGCGGCAUGGACGACCUGGGCGGGUUCCAGUGGGGCAUGCUCGGCGCCUUCUCGGUCGCGUGGAUCCUCGUCUACCUCUGCGUUUACAACGGUGUGCAGAGCAGCGGCAAGGUCGUGUACGUCACGGCGACUCUUCCCUACGUCGCCCUCGUCGUCUUCUUCUUCCGCGCCAUCACGCUGCCCAACGCGGCGACGGGCGUCACCUUCUUCGUCAAGCCCGACUUCAGCGUGCUCCUCGACGCUACCGUCUGGGUCCGCGCGGUGACGCAGAUCUUCUACUCCCUCGGGGUGGGCUUCGGCUCGCUCAUCGCCUUCGCCUCGUACGGGAGCAAGCACAACCGUUUUCUGAGCGACGCGACCAAGGUGUCCUUGAUCAACUGCGGCACCUCCAUCUUCGCCGGCUUCGUCGUCUUCCCGGUGCUCGGCUACCUGGCGCACGAGCUCUCGCAGUACAACCCGUGCAUCCGGAGCGAUGACCUGAGCGGGCUGGCGUCCGUCGGUCUGUCGGGCACGGGGCUGGCCUUCGUCGCCUUCCCCAUCGCCAUCGCGAGCAUGCCGGGCGGGUUCUUCUGGGCGAUGCUCUUCUUCGUGAUGCUCCUCUGCCUCGGGAUCGACUCGCAGUUCGCGAUGGUCGAGAGCAUCGUCACCGUCCUGAGCGACGCGGGCGUCGGCGGCGGGCUGUCGCGGCCAAAGCUGUCGGCCGUGGUGUGCGUCCUCUCCUACCUCCUCGGCUUGAUCUUUGUGACUCGGAGUGGCAUCUACUGGUUCGAGCUGAUGGACAGCUACUCCUGCGUGGUGGCCAUGUUCUUCGUCACGGGCAUGGAGUGCUUCGGCGUGUGCUGGUUCAGAAGCUCCGUCUGGCUCGGCUUCCGGCGGCGGGUGAAGGAGUGGACGGGCCAGACGGUGGGGUGGACGCACACGGUGAGCUGGAAGUUCAUCUGCCCCGCCUUGCUCGUCGUCGUCGUCGCCAUGUCGCUUAACAAAUGGGACAUCAUGGACGCGGCGUCGUCGACGCCCUUCCCCGCGGGCAAGGGCUUCCUGCCCGCCUGGAGCGUGUGGGUCGGCUGGACCCUCGGCCUGCUUCCGCUGCUGGCCGCGCUGGUCGUCGCGCUGCUGCCAACUGGCGACGUGGAGGCGGAGUUCGGUGCCGAGGGCCGCCUGAGCGCCAGCCCCGGUGAGGUAGAGGCCGGGGCCGUCGAGGAGGGCAAAGGCAAGGGCGGCAGCGCGGUGUCUCUGUGGGGCGCGGCCGAGCUGCCGGCCACGCGGGAGCCGAGCAGCGGCGCAAACAUAACUCCAACAUAACUCCAAUCGCGGCCUUGGUCGCUAGUCUGCCACAUGAGCAUGUGCAUGUGGUGCAGUGCGCUGCACCGUACAGGCUAGCUCGUGGCCGGGUGUGUGUGGCGCACGCGUUAGGGGAAUUGGCCUCCGCGCCUCUCUCUGUCUCUCUCUCUCGCGUCUCGGAGACGCAGAGAGAGAGACAACACUCAACUGUCAACAGACAAGGGAAGGCCCAACCCCAAGGAGACAAUACCGGCGUGUUGUGUCGUGUCGUAUUUUUCGUCUAUACUCGAUGUGCCUGAAUGCGAUAACAAACAAA